UUUCGCAGUUCACACACUCGCUUUCAGAUUGCGCCUUCAAGUUCAAGGUAAGGAAUACGUGUACACGUUGUCAGUGAUGGGAAAUCCCCCGUAUUGGUUGCAUUUUUUGCGGCGCUCACUGUAGGCAGAGGCACUAGUGAAGAAGCAUACAUUUAGGCGUUCGCAAUAUUGCACACAACACUUACAGCAUCGUCAGUUGAUGUAAAUCAAUAGAGACAUAAUCGCAUGUUUCACACGCACGAUUGACGCAGCAUCGGCGACAGACUGGCGCCGCCGCUUGCUGUGAUGCUGUUCGUUUUCCUUGCUGCUUCAGGAUUCAAACGUCGUCGGUUUCGUCAUCGUGUCUGCCGUUGCUGAGAUGCCACCGAAGCUGGAAAUCAUUAUCACCAACAGUACCGAUGGGAUUUUCUAUCCUGGCCAGGAAGUGAUUGGGGACGUGAUUGUAACUUUACGGAAAAGUUAUAACGUUUCAAAAUUGAAGCUUACAAUUAUUGGAGUCGGCAAAGCAAAAUGGUACGAGCGGCAAGGCCGCGGAUCGAUUGCCUACAAAGGAAAAGAACGAUACUUGUACUCAGAGUUGGUGCUCUUCCAAGCUGACGAAAAGUACAAAGAGGUCCCAACCGGAACCUACAGUCAUGGUUUUGCGUGUGUUCUGCCGGACACGCUGCCGGCCUCGUUCGAAGGUAAACGUGGUCAUGUUAGGUACUGGUUAAAGGCAACCCUAGAACGUCCCUGGAGGCAGUCGAAGAUUUAUUCGCUUAAUUUCCAGCUCGUUCGGCAGCUAGAUCUGAACAAUGAAAUUCUUAUGCCGGUGAGAUCCGAACUAACCAAAUCCCUCGGUUACUGGCCAUGCGUUCCUAGCGGAGUACUGUACGCCUCUGUAGAACUACCCACGUCGGGGUUUGUUCCGGGACAAUUUAUCCCGGCGGUGAUCCAAGUAAACAACAAGGGGGGCAAUAAAAUUACCCAAAUCGUCACCAUGCUGGUACAGAAAAUUUCCUACAACGCCCGACGACCGAAAGUACACCAGAAAGUCAAACGGGUGGUCGUGUGCAAAAGUGUUACCCCGGAAAUAACCCUCCCAGAAGGAGGAGUACUCGCGGCGGAGAACUUACAAGUACCUUGGGUGCUUCCGACUAGCAGCUAUUCACGUGUGGUAGAAAUCGGCUACGAACUGGUGGUCGAGUUCGAAAUCGACACUUGCUUCUUCAACGCCAACCAGAGCGUUCGUGUCCCGGUGGUAAUAGGGGUUAUACCGGCGCGUGAUGCCGAUACGGUGGAAAAUAAUGCUCUCCGAGUGUGGACACGAUUUGCAUGGGCAAAGGCAGCGAACCGGGUGUUGCUCCCGACAGGACGGUGCAGACGGAGCAGAAUGCGCAUCAAAGUGGAAGUUAUCCUCACCAGUGGCUCCGACGGAGUGUUUUAUCCUGGCCAGGAAGUAAUUGGCGAGGUGAUUGUAGGAUUGACCAAAACGAUUAAGGUUUCACGGGUGAAAUUAGUGAUUUGCGGCUUGGGGCUGACGGAGUGGAGUGAGGUUGAUGGGAGAAGUGCAAGGUUCCUGACUUUGGAGCAGUUCUUUUUCCAGGCAAACGACACAUCAUCCAGUAUUACCUACAAUGGCAAGGAACGGUACAUGUGCUCGGAACUCGUACUUUGUCAGCCUAAUGACUUUAUGACGGCCGGUGGUUACUCAUACGGAUUCGCUUGUCCGCUUCCGGUUACACUGCCUGCUUCUUUCGAAGGUAACGAUGGUUCCAUCCGGUACUCUCUAACGGCCAUCUUGGAAAGGCCUUGGAAACGUUCAAAAUCACAUUCUCUCGACUUUCAAGUCACGCGUCAACUGAGUCUAAACGAUGAUCAGCUGGUGCCGUUAAAGGCAAACUAUACCAAAACACUUGGAUGCUGGCCUUGCCUUGCUAAUGGUUCUCUGUCCAUGUCAGUGCAGCUACCAACCAACGGAUAUGUUCCCGGGCAGAUAAUUCCGGCGCAAAUCAUUGUGAGCAGCCGAAGAAACAUCAAAAUUCGCAAGGUCAUAACAACAUUACGCCAACAGACGACGUACAGUGCACACACGCCCAAACGGCGCCAACGGAUCGAGAGCACUAUCAUCUGUCAGAACGUUUCACCGGGGAUCACACUUCCGGAGGGGGGUGUCCUGGCCGAGGAUAACUUGCAAGUGCCUUGCAUGUUGCCGUCCACCAGUAGCAACCAUUCUAAGCUCAUCAAAGUGGCCUACGAGCUUAGGGUAACCAUGGAAAUAGACUCGUAUUUUCUACAGAAUCCUGGCAUAACACUAACAAUUCCGAUCCUAAUCGGAACACUAACAGAGCGGGAUGCUGCCGAUCUAUCAGAUAAUGAGUCUGUUCACGUUUGGUCCCUAAAGUCGGAGAACUCCAAAGAAGAUUUACAUUACUAAUUCUGCAAUGAAAAUUGUUCGUAAUCUUUCAGAGUUCUUUUGUUGUUAUUUUUAAAUAACAUUUUGUAACAAAUUCAAUUCGCCAGUAACAAUAAAUAAAACAUUUAAGCGAUUCUUCUUUGAUAAAAAAAAACAUCAUUUAUGUUAAGAUCUUUAACAU